AUAAAAAAAAAACAGAGCUUCAAGCUCGAAGGCCUUCAAUUCGAUCGAGCAUUAUCAGGGGAAAGAGUGACGAAAUCAAAACCGGCAAAGAUAAAAGAUUUUCGUUCGAGCUUCUGAAACCAAAAGCCAGGCUAAAACAGAGAAGAAGAAUUUGGUUGUACGUAAUCGAAGAACCUUGGUCUGAGUUGAAAACAAGAGACCGUAGAUUUUGAAACAGUUGAUUCCGAGGCUGAGUGAGUUUCUGUUCUUAAAACCAAAGAAAUGAAGAAAAAGAUAGCUAUCGGUUUCGAGGGUUCAGCUAACAAAAUUGGUGUUGGAAUCGUGACAUUAGACGGUACAAUCUUAGCCAAUCCUCGGCACACAUACAUAACACCGCCUGGUCACGGUUUCCUCCCUAGAGAGACUGCACAUCACCAUCUCGACCAUGUUCUUCCUUUAGUCAAAUCAGCUCUCGAGACUUCCAAUAUAACUCCGGAAGAAAUCGACUGCAUCUGCUACACAAAAGGUCCCGGGAUGGGAGCGCCAUUGCAGGUCUCAGCCAUUGUCGUUAGAGUAUUGUCACAGCUUUGGAAGAAGCCAAUCGUCGCUGUGAAUCACUGUGUGGCUCACAUUGAGAUGGGGAGAGUGGUUACUGGAGCUGAUGAUCCCGUUGUUCUGUAUGUGAGUGGUGGCAACACUCAGGUGAUUGCUUACAGUGAAGGUAGAUACAGGAUUUUCGGUGAGACUAUUGAUAUUGCUGUUGGUAAUUGCUUGGACCGGUUCGCUAGAGUCUUGAAGCUUUCUAAUGAUCCAAGUCCUGGUUAUAAUAUCGAACAGCUUGCGAAGAAAGGAGAAAACUUUAUUGAUCUUCCGUAUGCUGUUAAAGGUAUGGAUGUAUCAUUCAGCGGAAUCUUGAGUUAUAUCGAAACUACUGCAGAGGAGAAGCUCAAGAAUAACGAGUGCACACCAGCAGACUUGUGCUAUUCCCUUCAAGAAACGGUGUUUGCGAUGCUGGUUGAGAUCACUGAAAGAGCGAUGGCGCAUUGUGACAAGAAAGACGUUUUGAUAGUUGGUGGUGUUGGGUGUAACGAGCGUUUGCAGGACAUGAUGAGGACGAUGUGCUCUGAACGUGACGGUAAGCUGUUUGCAACCGAUGAUCGUUAUUGCAUCGAUAAUGGAGCGAUGAUCGCUUACACGGGUCUACUCGCAUUUGUCAACGGUAUUGAAACGCCGAUUCAAGACUCUACCUUUACGCAGCGGUUUCGCACAGACGAGGUUCAUGCUGUGUGGCGAGAGAAGGAAGAUUCGGUACUUGGAGAUAAGAACGUUGCUGCGAAUUGAUUGUGUACCCAUUUGUUUUAUUUAAUUUUUUAUCCAUUUUGAGAAUGAAUCUUAGUACUCGAUACAUUCUUUUUUUGAAAGUGAAGUUGUAAUGUGUUUUAUUAGCGAAAUGUUAUGAUCGUUUCUUUUGA